AUGGGUUCAAAGGGAGAGCCUUCAGCUAUAAAUUCAAAAUUGGGGUUUUUGUUAACAGGUAGAGUUUCCACUCAAAUUGAAAGGAAAGACAAUGUUUCCAAUUGUAAUUUAUUGCUUGAUGAGAGAGAAUUAUUUCAAAAAUUUUGUGAGCUUGAAUCGAUUCCAAAUGAUCAUUUACUUUCGAAUGAAGAUCAAAUUUGUGAAGAAACUUAUAAAUCUACAGUAAUUAGGAGUUCUUCUGGUAGAUAUUCAGUAAACCUACCAUUUAAAUCUAAUCCGUCAUUUGGUGACACUCGCUCACAGGCUUUAAAACGUUUUGAAUGCUUAGAGAAAAAGUUGAAUAAGAAUGAAUCGUUUAAAAAUCAAUACGUUUCGUUUAUGAAGGAAUAUUUAGAAUUAAAUCACAUGGAGAAAAUUCCUUCCGACUCAUUAACUUUUGAAAAUUGUUUUUAUUUACCUCAUCAUGGGGUUUUUGAAGAAAACAGCAUCUCAACUAAACUGCGCGUUGUUUUUGACGCUUCUGCAAAAUCUUCUCUUGGAAAUUCGUUAAAUGAUGAAUUAUUAAUUGGUCCUAAAUUACAAACUGAUUUAUUUAGCCAUUUAAUUAAGUUUCGAACUCAUAAAAUCGCAUUCUCUGCAGACAUUGAGAAAAUGUUUCGCCAAAUCAAUAUGUCAGAGGAACACUCAGAUUAUCAGCGCAUUUUAUGGAGAUUUUCUCCUGAUGAACCUAUAGAAGAUUAUAGACUCAAAACUUUUACCUAUGGCACCGCAAGUGCCAGCUUUUUGGCAAUUCGGACACUGAAACAAUUGGCGCAUGACGAAAAACUGAAUUACCCAUUAGCCUCUGAAAUCACUUUAAAUGAUUUCUAUGUUGACGAUUUAUUGACAGGAGCCAAUUCUAAGAAUGAAGCUUCGGCUAUAAUUUCUGAAAUUAAUAACCUAAUGCAGAGUGGUGGAUUUACUUUGAGAAAGUGGUCAUCAAAUUAUCCUGAAAUUCUUAAUGAUCUUCCCGAUAAUGUAAAAUCUAAUUCUCAUUCUGUGAUGAUUCACGAUGACUCUCUAAAAAUUCUUGGAAUCAUUUGGACAACUAAAACUGAUUCUUUUAAAAUUAAUGUAAAUUUAAAUCUAGAGGUUAUUUCUAAACGUCAGCUACUUUCGGCUAUAGCACAUAUUUUCGACCCCUUAGGGUUUUUAUCCCCCUCCACUAUUCUUUUAAAAAUUCUUCUCCAGCAACUUUGGAAGGAUAAACUUUCUUGGGACGAUCCCAUUCCAGUCAAUGUGCUAAAUGUUUGGAACAAAUUCAGGGAAGAGUGUUACAUUUUAAAUGACAUAACGAUUCCCAGAUAUAUCAGUUGUUACAGCUCUUCACACUUAAUUAUCGAGAUGCAUGGAUUCUGUGAUGCCUCUGGAAAGGCAUAUUCUGCAGUGAUCUAUACCAACUGGUUGAAAAAUCCUAGUGCAAAACUUGAUAGUUUCGUCAAAAAUAGAAUUGCGAAAAUUCAAAACCUAACUGAUGACGUUACGUGGAAGCAUGUAUGUAGUGAAGACAAUCCUGCGGACUGUGCCUCACGUGGUAUAUUACCGAGAGAAUUACAAAAUCAUGAACUUUGGUGGUCAGGUCCCUCUUGGCUAUCUGAAGAAUCAUCCUCACCAGAGAACAAAGAACAACCCGUAACCCAUGAACCAUGUGAUCCCGAAAACUCUAUAACCGCACAUGCUGAAGUUCAACAAAUUCCUGAUUUUAUGCUUCAUUAUUCAUCAUACACUAAACUCAUACGAGUAACAGCAUGGAUUCAACGAUUUAUUUUCAACCUGAAACAUCCAAAUUCAAAGCAUUUAGGUUUCCUAUCUGCUGAUGAACUACAUCACGCUACUCUUACUGUAAUACGAACUGUUCAAGGAAGUGUUUUCCACAAUGAAAUAAGCUCUUUAAAAUGCAACAAAGUAAUCCCACGCUCAAGUAAACUAAAUUCUUUAAAUGCGUUCUUAGAUCAAGGAGGUAUCUUGCGAGUUGGUGGCCGACUGUCCAAGAGUCAGACUCUCUCCUACGAUCAAAAACAUCCGAUGCUGCUGCCAAAGAGCCACGUAAUUACAAAACUUAUAGUUCGGCAUUACCAUCUUGCAUAUUUGCAUGCAGGCCCACAAUUGCUUCUGGCAAUACUCCGCCAGAAAUUUUGGAUACCUGAUGGAAGAUCCGUAGUGAGAGAGGAAACAAGAAAAUCCUGA